GCAGAAUAGAAUCUGAAUUAUAUACGUGUUUGUGUGUAUAUAUAUACCAGAAAGGAACAAUCAGAACAGGACAGAGAUCCAAAGAACCUUGAGAAGAAGACAUGACAUCCGAAAGGAGUCUGGUUCAACCAUAAGAAUGCAGGCAGAUUAUGGAUUUAAUACAUUUUCUGAUGAGGAAAUACGGGAGAUUGCACAAGCUCUACAAGAAAGUGAUGACACAUCAAGAGGUGAUGCUGUGUCCGAAACUGAGCUACGAGAGAUCAUAAAUGUAUUGCAGGAAACUGCAUUGUGUGACACAGCUGGGAGGAUCACUCAACAAGAGAAGAUCACUGAAAAUCUUGCAGUGAACAUUGCUGUAAUUGGAGAAUCUGGAUCUGGAAAGUCCACUUUUGUCAACGUCAUACGGGGUCUUGAUGAUGAUGAAAUUGAAGGUGCUGCUAAAACUGGAGUGGUAGAAACCACAAAAUAUCCAACAGCUUACCCACAUCCUCAGUAUAACAAUGUCUUGUUUUGGGACCAUCCUGGCUCAGGAACCCCUGGUUUUGACCCAAAUAGCUAUCUAAAACUUGUAAAUGCCCAUCAAUACAACUUGUUUAUCAUGAUAGCAUCAGGAAGAGUUAGAGAGAAUGACAUGAAACUGGCCAAAGAGCUCUGGUCAAUGGGGAAGAAAUUCUUCUUUGUAAGAAACAAAAUUGACUGUGACUUGAAGGCCAGCAAACUUCGUAGAAGGAGGACCUACAAUGAAGAGAGAAUUUUGACAGAUGUUAGAGAUAACUGUGUGAAAAAUUUUAUGGACUGUGGAAUAAGCCUGCCAAAUGUAUUUCUUCUGUCAUGCUUAGAACUAGAAAAGUAUGACUUCCAUUUCUUUAAGAAGACACUAGAAAAAGAGCUUACAAUACAAGAACGAUAA